UAAAUUUGCGAGAGUUUCUGUAAUACAGGAUCAAUAUAAAUUAAAAAUGUGGAUUUUCAUAUAAAUUUGAGAAUCCGUGUAUCUAUUUAAACAUCAAUGACGUUCGUGUGAUUCUUCUGAUCUUAAAAUAUCGUACCUUAAUUUAUCGUACCGUGAACACUUGAAGUACAUUGCCAUACAGAAAUGACGGGACAAUCCUUUAUCUUGGACAAAGUGAAGUGUUAGUGUGAAGUUUAACAGCGCGAACUCGUUUUGUGUCAUUAUGUAGUAAGAACGUUGUGGUUUUAUUACGUUUAUUUUAAUAAAUACAGUAUUUACCAGUUUGAUUAGUUAUUGUUAUGUCGUUGAGAUGAUGUGGGUUUGCGCAGCGGUGGCGGCCGCCGUGAUCGCCGCUUUCAGUGUACAAGGCGAGCAAGUAAUGCUUCUUGACACUACAACCGAACAAAAUCUCGGAUGGACACGCUAUCCAUACGGCCCGCAAGCAAGUACACCUGGCUGGCUUGAAGAAUCCUACACUAAUUUCGAAAAACAGAUAAAUUGGCGAUCGUACGUUGUGUGUGAUGUUGCGCACCAUAAUGUCAAUAAUUGGUUGUGGACACCAUUCAUAGAGAGAAGAAAUGCAAACCGUAUUUAUAUUGAAAUAAAAUUCACUAUCAGAGAUUGUUCACUCUUUCCAGGUAAUGCACUUAGUUGUAAAGAAACGUUCAGUCUAUUAUACUAUGAGUUUGAUGUAGCUACUAGAGAACAACCACCAUGGGAACCUGAAAGUUAUAAACUAGUGGGGCGUAUUGCUGCUGGUGAAGGAAGAUUCAACACAAACUCAGAAGUAGACAUUAACACAGAAGUUAAGAGUAUUGCUGUAACUAAACGUGGGGUAUAUAUUGCAUUCAGAGAUCAGGGUGCAUGUAUUUCUAUUCUGGCUGUGAAAGUGUAUUACAUUACUUGUCCAGAAGUGACUAUACACUUUGCAAAGUUCCCUGCUACUCCAACAGGACGUGAGGUUACUGUUAUUGAACAAGCUAAUGGGACAUGUGUAGAACAUUCAGAAACAGCUCAGGGGGAAGCACCACCAGUGUACCUGUGCAAAGGUGAUGGAAAAUGGACACUUCCAAGUGGUUCAUGCAAAUGUCGGGCUGGGUAUGAACCUGAUCACACUAACCAAAUAUGCAAUGAGUGCUCACCAGGAAAAUUCAAAUCACACACAGGGGAUGAUCCCUGUAUACCAUGCCCUGAUUAUUCAGAGUCUACAGCAUAUGCCUCCGAUGAAUGCAAAUGUGUACCUGGUUUUUUCAGAGCAAAAAAAGAUCCCAAGAAUGUACCUUGUACACAGCCACCUUCAGCUCCAGAUAAUUUAACUGUUACUUUUGCUGACCAAUUUUCAAUAUCUCUUGCAUGGCAACCACCCCAUAAGACUGGGGGUAGGAGUGAUGUCACAUACAAAGUUCAUUGCUCUAAUUGUGGGCCCAGUGUAGAAUAUAGACCUGCAGCAUUUGGUCUAAAUGCAACUAGAGUUACUAUAAUGGGAUUAGACCCAGUGACAGAGUACAAGUUUCAAGUUUAUGCACAAAAUGGUGUAACUGAUAUAACAGGUGAACCUCCAAAGAAGGUAGAGAUAACAGCUGUGACUGAGGCAUCUGUGGUGAGUGUAAUUACUAAGCUGAGAGUUAUUAGUGCUGAAAGUGACAAGUUAUCUCUUGCUUGGAACCCACCACCAAUAGAUUUAACCGACCCGGAUGAUACUAUUGAAAGUUAUGAAGUCAAGUGUUUUCCAAAGGACAAUCUUGAGAAAAGUGCGAAUGCAACAGUUCGAAUAACAAAAGAGCCCCAUGUUAUAAUUAAUGGUUUAAAAAGGGAUACAGAGUAUGGUAUAAGAGUUAGAGCUAAAAUGAAAAGGGGCUGGGGUGAACUUAGUGGUAUUGUAUAUGGAAGAACUGGAUCUGUGCUUGAAACUUCAUUUGUAAGUGAGGAAGAAGGUGCCCAAGUACGAUUAGUUGCUGGGGUUAUGGUUGCAGUUGUGGUCAUUUCAGUGGUUGCAAUUAUAGCAACAGUUUUCUUUUUGCGUUCUCGGGCUGAUGAUGAGUGUGAUAAAAAGCAGCCUAAUGACUGUAAUGCACUAAACUAUCGGAAUGGUGAAGUAUAUACUGGUCCUGAUAGACCAGCAAAAACAAGUAGCAAUGCUACAACGCCUCUCUUUGCUGGCACAGGUUCAAGAACUUAUAUUGAUCCUCACACAUAUGAAGAUCCUAAUCAAGCAGUUCGAGAAUUUGCUCGUGAAAUAGAUGCCUCUUGUAUAACAAUAGAGGCAAUCAUUGGUGGGGGAGAAUUUGGAGAUGUGUGCAGAGGGAAACUAAAGUUACCAGCUAGUUGUGGGCAGGAAAUUGAUGUUGCUAUUAAAACUCUAAAACCGGGAUCAACAGAGAGAGCAAGGAGGGAUUUUCUUGCUGAGGCAUCUAUAAUGGGUCAAUUUGAACACCCAAAUGUGAUAUUUUUGCAAGGAGUUGUAACAAAAUGUAAUCCCAUUAUGAUUAUUACUGAAUUCAUGGAAAAUGGUUCAUUAGACACCUUCCUUCGAGCAAAUGAUGGCAAAUUCCGUGUGUUGCAAUUGGUAGGAAUGUUACGGGGUAUUGCAACUGGUAUGCAGUAUUUAUCAGAAAUGAAUUACAUUCACAGAGAUCUAGCGGCUCGUAAUGUGCUUGUUAAUUCCCAACUAGUGUGCAAAAUUGCAGAUUUUGGUUUAUCAAGGGAAAUUGAAUCAACUGCUGAUGGAGCCUACACAACUCGUGGAGGGAAGAUACCAGUCCGCUGGACUGCACCAGAAGCUAUUGCUUUUAGAAAGUUUACAUCAGCAAGUGAUGUUUGGUCAAUGGGCAUAGUUUGUUGGGAGGUAAUGAGCUUUGGUGAGCGUCCAUACUGGAAUUGGAGUAAUCAGGAUGUAAUAAAAUCAAUAGAAAAAGGAUAUCGUCUUCCAGCACCAAUGGACUGUCCAGAAGCUGUUUACCAGCUUAUGCUUGACUGCUGGCAAAAAGAACGAACCCAUCGCCCUACCUUUGCAAGUAUUGUAAAGACUUUAGAUAAACUUAUUCGUUGUCCUGACACUUUAAGAAAAAUAGCUCAAAACCGUUCUGCUGAUCCACUUGCUGGUGAUACACCUGACUUGAUACAAUUUUCAUCUGUUGAAGAAUGGUUGGAGUGCAUUAAAAUGUCACGCUAUAUUGAGAAAUUUAGAGCUGCAGGCAUAACUGAUAUGAAUGCUGUUGUUGAUCUAACAGUACACCAACUUGCAUCUCUAGGAGUGACUCUUGUUGGACAUCAAAAAAAGAUUAUGAAUAGUGUGCAAAGUAUGCGUGCUCAAAUACGCGUAAGUGGUCCUUAUGGUUUUCUUGUGUAAUAAAGUGAAUUGGUGUUAGUGCAUGUGAAAAGAAAACCAUGGGAAAUAGAUCUCUCAUAAAAAGUGAUUAGUAUACAGUGAUUUAUAUAACAAAUAAUGCAUUUUGUAUAUUUUUCUAAAAAAAAACUGUCUUAAAAUUACCAAUUUUGUCUGAACUUGGUAAGAAAUUCAUCUGUUAAUAAUUGUUAAGAAA